AUUAUGAAGUCUUUACAAAUCUCAAAUUUGAAUAAGUUAUUACAUAUUUAUUUUUUAAGUUAGUGCCAUUUUACCAGAAAUAUUACAAAUCUUCUUGGUGUGCCACCAUUUUCUAGCUAAUUUACGGCGGAAAAAGGUCGCCAAAUCUCCAAGCCCUAGAUGCAGCAUACACAUUCCGAUGGUUUCGUAUUUUCCGCAUUUAAAUCGGAUCUUAAGAAAAAAAUUAAUUUCGAGCAGUAAUCAAAUUAAGAAAAUUAGUAAAUGCGAUGAUGGGUGUCAGAUAAAAGGGGGAAAAAAAUAUCUAUCCAGAGUAGAUCGGCCGCCUCCCUGAAAAGCACCCGCAGCCAAAUAUUCACACGGCUCGUAUUCUGAAACGGCCGCGUGCCACGUAACCCCCGCAGGAAAAUAUUUAUCUCCCAAAUAUUCAGACAGACAUUUUUUUAAUACUUUCCCUUUUACAAUUGGGCGGCGCCACCUACGGAGGAAGUAAUUAAUCCUGUCCCGUUGACCGCCUCCUUACGCGGGCCCCACCCACUACCGAUUUCUUCCCUCUCAUCCUAUUCCAGCCUUAUUUAAACCACGCCAUUUUUUCCUCUUCUCACCGUAACUCCCCCCAUUGUCUUAACUCCUUUCAUUUUCUCCACCUCUAGGUUUAGGCGCCCGCCGCUAUGGCCAUGAAAGGGAAAGAUGACGGCGGUUCUAAGGGCGGUGCCGGCAAAGGGUACGCCGCCAUUAAGGAAAUGCACUUCAGAGGGGUCCGGAAGCGGCCCUGGGGCCGGUAUGCGGCGGAGAUCCGCGAUCCCGGCAAGAAGAGCCGUGUCUGGCUGGGCACGUUUGACACGGCGGAGGAGGCGGCGAGGGCGUACGACGCCGCCGCCCUUAAGUUCCGUGGGCCCAAGGCGAAGACCAACUUCCCAUUUUCCUCGGCGACCCACAGCCCCAGCCAGAGCAGCAUCGUCGAUGAGUCCUCCGGCAGCGACAGUGGCGGCCACGCGCCGCGCGCCCCGCUUGAGCUGGAUCUGACGCGCUCCCUUGGCUCGGGAAACAGCGACGGUUCCGGCGCGGUGGAUAGAUCCGUGGGUAAUGGGUACCAGAUCUUCCGCCCUCAGCCGGCGGUGGCGGUUCUGCCGAACGGGCAGCAGGUUUUUCUGUUCGAGACGCUGUGGAGACCCGGAACGGUGAACCACCCCCAGGUGGGCCCGAUUGGCCCUUUUAAUCCAUCUAGAGACAGAGAACCCAGGUACCCAACCACCUAUUCUGUGGCGGAGGAGAACCAUUUUGGCGGCGGCGGCGGAGCGGCGGAGAAAAGCUUGAAUCUCGAUCUCAGCCUUGGUCCGCCCCCGGAGUUGUGAUAUGGGAUUGCGCGAUUGACAUCAGUAGUGGCUAAUUUUGUACAUAAAGGCGCAUGAGUGUUGCGUUUUUCCGGCGGAUUAAGGAAUAGAUCGGUUUUUCUUUGCUGUUCUUAUCCUAUCAAACUGUAAAACUCGUUUGGUUCUCUUUCCCCAUCAAUGAAUGCAAGGGUCUUUAAUAUAUUUAUUUUAUUCUUAUGUAACUGCAAUAUAGUGUUAAAUUUCCAACAAAUAGUUCAUCUUUUGUGAUGUUCCCG